AUCUCAAGGUCGUCUGGCAGACUUUAUACAUGUGAAGAGUCCGUCCAAUUUUGCUUCUUACUAUAAUUUGAUCGGUUUGUUCCCAGCAACUAGUUCGUUAUUGUACCCCUCACCAUCUUCUUUAAUUCAAUACCUUUUCCUGUGUCAUCAAUUUUAGAAUAACGUGAUUUUUAAACUUUUACCCAAGGAACCGAAGAAGCAGAAAUAAAAACGAACAAGGGAUAAUUAAGGGGAACAUUCCGUCAUAAAAUCAAGCAGAAAUAAAGAGGGAUUUCUACGUCUUUGACUCAGCUGACUACAGCCUCAUUUCUUUGAAGUCAUCAGUCUCCAUAUAUCAGCGUACAGAAAUAUAGAUGCAUAUCUAAUGUCUUCAGUCAGGGAGUUAAAAGAAUCACCAGUGGCCUCAGCUCAAGCGUAUGUUUUACAGUUUAACACUGAAGACCGAAUAUGGCUACCAAGUGGUGGGACACGCUCACUUUCAUGGGUUCAAAUUUUACAGCAAAAAGGUUUAGAUGCUUAUCGUAUCGUAGGUUGGCGUCAGCCAGAUAAUCAGGUUGUUGUUAAUUCAGUGUUAAAAGCUGGACUCGAGUAUCAAAUACAUGGUCAAUUUCAUGAAUGGCGUGAUCCAAUCACUUCUAGAGUAUAUGGUUUACAUUUUCCGGAACAAGAAGAUGCUGCAAUGUUUUUGAAAACAAUCAACUUUAUUUUAAAUAGACUGACAAAUCCUGAUUGCAAAAAUGUAUUUGAUGGUGAAAACAUAAAUAUCAAUUCACAGUCACGUGAAUAUGCACAACCGUUUAUUUCAAAUGCAUUAGAUUCAUCGAAUAAUCAUGCUACCACACCAAAAGGUUGUACCAUAGUUAUUAAUCCAGCAAAUGUUGGCACCGAUGGAAUUGAUGCGAUAGAAAAUAAAACUACUCUACCAAAACAACCGGAACCCAAUGAAUUGGCAAAUUAUGAAUAUCAAGAUCAUGUUAAUCAAUCUAAUCAAAUAAAUAAAUUGAUAACUGCUACUACUCUGACUAAUGAUAAUAAUAAUAUUAGUGGUAGUAAAGAUCCUGGUGCAUUUGAAACACAUCGUCGUCAACUAUCUUCUACAUCAUCAAUCAGUUUAGGUUAUGCUACAGGUCCUGGAACAAUUGCAACUCCUUCAUCUGCCUCUUCAUCAUCUACUAGCUACGGUUAUGGUUAUGGAUAUGUAGGUUCAGGAAGUUUAGCGAGUUAUGCAAGUACUAGUAGCAGUGGAAGUAGUGUUGGUAAUGGUCCAAUUAAUGGUAAUUAUUUGAGCACAAUCCAUCGUCUUAGUAAUCAAAAUUUGAGGAAUCCAUCUUUAACUGGAGAGUCUAUCAGUAGUAACUGGUCAGGUUUGAAUUCUCAAGUUUCUCGUGAAAUUGUUAAUCAUUCAAGUGUUGCUGUUAGCACAAACAGUUCAAAUUCAUCAUCAGUGUUAACAACAUCAGUACCGGGUAAUAAUAAUAAUAAUGAUCAGAAUAAUGACGAAGAGUUAGCUAAACAGUCAGAAUCAUCUGGAUUAGCUGCUAUGCUACAAGAAGCUAUUGCUGCACGUAAACGUAAUAAAGAAAAUCGAUGUAAUGCUUCAAUAAGACCAAGUAUUAAUUCAACUUCUUGCAAUAAUCCGACACACUUUCUGUAUGGAUUGCAGUUUACAAUCCGUCAAUUCGCAAUCAACUUAGAGUCUGUUACUUGUAUAAUUUCAACUACAAAAUCCCCGCCUCCACCACCACCUCCAGCGCCACCGACAUUAUCAUCAAUUACUCAACCGAAAAAUGACAAAACCAACCCAAUAAAACGUACAGAUUCUACGCAGCAAUUAAGAAAAGAUUCCAUUGAUCAAAAAUCUUCUAUGCUAGCUGAAAUUCAACGUCGUAUACAAGCUAGACGACAAUUAAUCGAUGCUGCUGAAGAAGAAUGUGGUUUGCUUAAAAAAGACCAUCAUUUGGAAUCAUCAAAAUCUAUCUCCAUACCUUCUGAAAAUACCGGUGUUAUAUCGACUAAUUCGAUCGAUUCAUCAUUGAAUAGCCGAAAUGUUAAUACAUCUAAUUGUUCCACAAUAUCAAAUAUUAUAAAUUCUGAUUUAUCACUUACUCGUUCAGAAUUGGAUAAUUUACGUCGUGAAAUUAUUAUUGAACUACGUAAAGAAGUUCAAUUGGCAAAAAAUGAAAUUAUGGAUUGUAUCAAAUUGUAUAAAGCUGUUUAACUGUUGGGACUAUGCACUCGUUUGAUCUUUGUGUACACGUUAUUUGGAUAAACACAGCUGUCGUAAAAAUAUUGAACAUUUGAUCAACUUAUACUAUUUCACAUUAUAAUACCAUUCUAUCACCAAAUUGAAAUUUGUAAUUAUCUAUUUGUUUGUUUGUUUAUUUUUUCUUCUCUAUUUUGUUUGGAUUGGCUUCUAAUACUUUUGAAAUCUUUAAAAUGAAUGAAUUAAUUACACAUUUCAUUUUUUCACAUUCAGUGAAUGUGUCUAAUUCUUGGAAUAUCACUUCUUUUAUGUUUUACAUCUGUUAAAACGUAUUAUUACAUUCCAUUUAUUUAUUAGUUUUCUUUGUUUUUGUUUUUUUGCUUGUUUAUUUAUCUAUUUAUAUAAAUAUGGAACAUAAUACUUAAAAAUAACACACAUUGUUCAGUAGGAUAAAUGAAUGAUGAUGGGCUUAGUACCUUCUGUCAUUUGUUUAGAUUACCUCAUUAUUAUACGUUUAGUAGUGUGGAUGCUACUUCUUUCUAGGUUAUUUCCUCAAUUGUGUAUGGUCAUUGUUUGAAUCAUCUAUGUAUCCACACAAAAAAAAACGGAGUAUAUUGUAAACGUCUCUUUUUAAUUCUCAAUUUAUAUUUUAUUUAAAUUGGAUUAGGCUUUUAUUAUUAUUAAUGUUACUCCAAUUGUCGAUUUAAUUUAAUUAUUACCUCAUAUAACUAGUUGAAAUUUGUUAUGUGGUCAUUAUUCGCACAAUUAUCUAUCCAAUUUGAUUGUUUAAUUGAGAAUUGUAAGCCAUAUAUACUAGGCGGUAUUCUUACAUUGAAAAACAAAACAAACAUGUAUGCAUGUACAAAUAGCUGAGCUUUUGUUUGUAUUUUUUCAUUUUCGUAAUUAAUCUCUCCUUAUUAUCAUGAUGUAUCCUGUUUUGAUUUCAUUUUAUUCAUCUUUUUCACGUAUAUUAUAUAGUGCCUCAGAGUAAUUGCAAAUAUACAUAUAUGCAUUGUAGAAUGUUAAUUACUUUCCUUAAUUUUCAUUUUAUGUAAACACUUUCUUGUUUAUCAGUGUUCUUUUAAAAUGAUAAAAAUACAUACACAUAAUAUAUAUUCUCGCA